GGAGACACUAGUGGGUAUAGAAGUCAUGAUAAUAAUGGAGUUACCGACUAGGCGGGAGGUGCAUCGUGAGCUGGUCUUGGCAACCUCUGGUAGGUCGCGCCGCCUGUCUUGAUUUCUCCGACUCACGGCAACAUAAACCUCUCCAACUAUCCGUUGCUUCUACUGCUCCGUCACCCCUCUCGGGCAAGCCCCGUUCUUCCAAUAGUCUCUUCUUCACGUCAUGGAACCGCAGCCCCCCUCCGAUCAACCACAGCAGCCCCCGCCUCCGACUCUAACGAACCCGCGCUUUACCCUCGAGCUAGAGUUCGUCUCCUCGCUCGCCAAUCCCUACUACCUGUCCCACCUCGCCGUGACAUACCCGAAUCUCUUGGGGAUAAACAAAUCCGGCGAUGACAGCGACAUAAACAACGAGUCCCCGGACCCUGACGCCCAGACAUUUGCAGCAUAUCUUGCCUACCUCUACUCGUAUUGGAAGACGCCCGAAUAUGCUCAGUUCUUGACUCAUCCCGGUGCUACCUUGCGUGCGCUACGACUGCUCCAGGAGGAGACCUUCCGUCGCGACAUCAUUCGCCCAGAUGUCAUUGAGAUGUUAGCGGGAACUGGCAUCGCCGGCGAUCAAGGCGAUCAAGGCGAAACAUCUGCGGAGACCGGAGAACAGGAGGGAGAACAAGCCAAGACAAGCUAGGGAGAUCUCAGUGAUAUUGGAAAUAGCAGUAGGAGGCAUGCUGCGCGUUGACUGGUCGAGGAAUAUCCAAUGCCGGGGCAUCCUGUUGGAGCCUCUGCCGCCCACGCACUGGCAGCGGGGAAACAAUGGAGAUAUAAAAGCAACAGAC